AUGGGCGGCCCCGACGACGCCGCCGCCGCUACGGCAGCGGACCUCAACAGCAACUCGGCGCGCUACGCCGAGCGCGCCGAGCACGCCGACAUGCUCCGCGCCACGCAGGAGGAGCUCGCGAGCAAGAUCAAGGAGCUGCAGCUCUACGAGGGCAACUACGUCGCGCUCAAGAAGGACCUCGCGCGCUGGAAGAAAAAGUUCGAGUACGUCUUCCGCGAGAACGAACUGCUGGCGCUCGAGACGGGCAAACUCGACGCCUCGCACAAGCAAAUUGCCUUUCUCCAGCAGGAGCUCAAGUUCAAAGACGAAGAGGGCGCAGCGCUGCGCGGCCUCGUGAGUGCGCUCGAGGCCGCGACCAAAAAGCAGCGCAAGAAACAGCUCGAGGCCGCCAAAGCGCGCGACUCGGAGCUCGAGGCCGUCGCCGCGCGCGCGGCCGAGCGCCAGAGCAGCAGCAGCGACGUCGACCAAGUGCUGCAGAGCGAGCGCCAGGCGCGCGAGGACGAGCGCGCGCGCGCCGCGGCCGAAAUCGCGGCGCUCAAGGCCGAGAACGCGCUGCUGCUGCGCGACGUGGACCGCAAAGACGACGAGCUGCAGCGCCUCGACGAGCAGCUGAGUGCGCACAAGGCGCGCAUCGAGGGGCUGCAGCGCGCGCUCGAGGAUGAGCAGGCCGCGGGCUUGACGCGGCUCAAGGACAAGCAGGACAAGCUCGUGGUGCUGGAGAAGCAGAUGCAGCAGCUCUUGACGCGGCGCCGCUCGAGCGUGACGGCCGCGCUGGCCCAGGCCGACGAGCAGGGCCGCGACACGAUUGGCUUUGGCCCCGUGCACCGCCGCAAGGGCAGUCAGAUCACGGAAGGCGACGAGGGCAGCGGCGAGCCGGACGGCCGGCGCGAGCAGAGCGACGACGACGAAGAGCCGGACACGCCCCCGGGCACUCCGCCGCCGAUCUCGUCGGGCGGGUUGCUGCCGCCGGAAGACCCUACAGCCGACCAGACGAUUCGGGACUGGACGGAAGACCGCAAGAUUCAGUCUGCGCGCAGCUUCGAGGAGAUGCUCGACUUGGACCGACUGGAAGAGCUCAUCCGCAAGCUGCCGUACGAACACCAGGAAGGCGCGACGCGCGUGCUCAUGGGCGCGCUGGACCCCGACGCGAGGGAAGAGAUUGUCAACGAGUCGCAGAUUGUGCUGCGGCACUUGUCAGCGGAACGGCAGGCCGAGCUGCGCGAGUUCCUCCUGCCACUGUUGAAAGCGCACCCGGCGCUGCGCGUGUCGUACUCGACGAUGGAGCGCCGCACGCUCGUGACAGACGUGCGCAUUCAGAUCGAACGUCGUCGGGAGUCGGUCUUGGGCGGCUUUGUGCCGGGCGAAAAGCGCUUUGGCAAGGACCACAUGUUCUUGGGCCCGUCGGCGGACGACGAGAGCAAGCUGGUGCCGCACAUGCCGCGGACGAUCGGCACGAGCAACAAGGCGACGUAUGUGUCGAAGCCGAAACACUUGGAUGGCUUCGUCAACGUUGCUGCUUCGUCGCCUCUCGAGAGAGGCAGUGAACACACUGAAGACAUGGACACGUGUUCCGAGUCGGCGGAAUCGCCUGAGGUUGCGGCAACAAAGCGAAAGUGGGGUGGGCUCAACGCUGCCAAGUUUAUCAACACGAUGGCCGCUGGGGCCAAGCAGCGCGUGGCAGCUACGUUUAAAAACGCCAAGUUCAGACACGAAGGCACGUCGUGCCAGUUCUGUAAGAUGACGCCUAUUGUGGGCGAGCGCUACUCGUGUGCCACCUGUGUGGGCUUCGAUCUCUGCGAGAACUGCUACUCGCUCGGCGGCCACGGCCUGGAGAACUCGGACGAGCUAUUUUACCGCGUGCAGGAGCUCGUGCUCGCACGCUGCCCUCGCUUGGUCGAAGAAGUGGACUUGCUUGAGCUAAUGCGCUUUGAGAUUUGUCGCUCGAACCUGCGCAAAUUCAGCUUUUGUCUCAAUUGGCUGGCGGACAUCGUCAAUGGCAAGACAUCAAGAGACUUGCAGGCGCGUGCGCUGGAAAUCCCGAGUAUCCGACGCGAUGUUCGCAAGGUGUUUGUGCCUCUGCUGAUGCGUGUAUGCAGUGACCGAGAAGACAUUGAGGUCAAGACAGAGUGGGAGCUCGAGGACGACAAUCAGGCACCGGUCCGCAGCGUGAAUGGUGGAGUGAGUGAAGGCGACGGUCGUUUUCUCGAGACAUUGCGGAUCUGGGUGGCCGAUCAGUACCGGACCACGUCGCCCUUUGUGGAACGAAGUCUUCUCAAGUAUCGGGACGGCGAGGAGGGCGAAGAGGGUGAGGAGGGGAGCGACGACGGCGAUGGUAGCGAUGGGGGGCGUCCGCCUGACAAUGAGGGUCAAGCAGACGAGCCUGAUGGCGCCGCACGCAACUCUGCAGAGGAAGCGCCUGGCAGUGUGGAAGGGCCCAGUAGUCAGCCGGGGUUUGUCGAGCGCAAUCGCAUUCAUAGCGACCAGUUCUAG